AUGGCAACCUUGAAUCAACUUUGUAAUGGAGUCUCUGUUCGUCUUGAUGAUACAAAUUACCACAUUUGGCAUUUUCUGAUGCGGCACUACCUUCGUGGUCAUGGUUUGCUCAAGUUUGUAGAUGGUUCUUAUCAUUGCCCUUCACAGUUUCAGAGGGCUGAUUAUGAUUCUCUCUCUAUUGAUAACACUGGAGCUUUUGAAAAGUGGCUGCAACAAGAUAGUUGUGUGAUUUCUUUGAUCACAGCUUCACUUUCUGCUGAUGCACUUACUCUAGUAAUUGGCUGUGAAACUUCAAUGGAGGUAUGGACCACUCUCAAACAACAUUAUGCACCAAAAUCUGAAUUUCAUAUUAUGCGAUUGAAGUCUACUCUGCAAAAUAUCCGAAAAGGAUCAGAUUCUAUACACAAAUAUUUGUUGCGAUUUAAAGAUGUCCAAAAUCAAUUAGCUGUUGCUGGAGUUCGUAUGUCAGAUGAGGACAUGAAAACAUUGAUUUUAGCUGGGCUUCCUAGUGAAUAUGCUCAUACAAGGCAAAUUAUCAGAGGCAAGAAUUCUAUAACUAUGGAAGAAGUUAGGUGUUUGUUGCUCUCUGCUGAGUUUGAGUUUGAAGUUGAACACAAGGCACACCAUUUAUCUCCCUUCACUGCUAUGGUUGCACAUAAUGCUAUCACUAGUGGGAAUUUGUCUUUGUCUUACACACAGGGCUCUCAAUUUGGUGUAUCACCAUAUAAUCUGCCUUAUGUUACUUCUGGGGUCACACGUUACAGUGCAUAUAAUAUGUCUCCUACUUGUACAAGUCAAGUUGGGUAUGCUCCACCACCAACUACUAUGACAUCCAACUCUGGUUUUGUGAACCCGCCUACCAUAUCUGUUGGUUGCUCUCAAUAUUCUGCUCAGAAUUUCAAGGGGACUUUUACUCACCCAUCUGGAUCUGUGGCUGAAAAUGGAGGUCUAUGUAGUAAUUUUUGUAGUACCAACAGUGGAAGCAAUUUGUCUCAGCAAUCCUACAUUGGGCUUGAACAACUUCAAAGCACUCCUCAAUUCUACAGGGAUAGUUCUCACCCACAGCAACUCAGUGGUUCACCAUCUCCCAAUUUUAGUGGUUUUUCUCAGAAUAAUUUGACUUCACCUCAGCAGUUUGGUGCUUCUUCACAUGGUGGCAAUACAUCUCAGUCUCAGAAUAACAAUGGGGAAUAUUCAUAUGGCAAUGGAGGAUAUUCAUAUGGCAAUGGAGGAUAUACUCAGAUGGCAAUACUCAGAGCAACUACCCUCAAUUUCCAAGUAGCAACAGCAAGACAUACACAAAUAGUAAUAGACCUGCAGCCUUCAAGCCCGAGUUGAACUCAAAUCAUCACUAUGGAGGGACACUCAUCUGUCAGAUCUGUGAGAAGCCUGGACAUGGAGCUUACAAAUGCUAUCAGAGAAAUCCACAACAACAAUGUGAAGCCUCUAGCUCUAUUGUUAAAUGUCAGAUUUGCAAGAAACAAGGCCAUACUACAAAAAGGUGCAGGUCCAUAAUCAAUAAUAAAAGUGGUAACACUGCAAUGGUUCCCUGUACUGACAAUGUAUCAGAUGAAAUUAGUACAACCUUAUCACAUAUUGUUGAAGAUCACCCUCACUCUGUAGUUGGAGAGGGCACAGUCAUCUCAGAGCUACCAAUAUCCAUUCCUGGUGCUGUGUCCCCUACCUCACAGUCGUUUCAGAACACAACACAGUUCAAAUACCUAUGCCGCAACCUAGCGCUUGGCCUCCCAAGCACUAGUUUGAGGGGGGAUGUUAAGAUGAAGGUUAAUGAUGAGAGCAAAGGUGAAAGCAAGGGUGAGGAUGGUUCUAUCCAGGGGCGUAUCUACUAACAAGGCUGGUUGGGCUAUAGCCCAAGGGAGAAUCAAGGAGAAAAAGGCCUAAGUAUAGGUAUUGCAGCCUACUUAAAAAAAAAAAAAAAAAUAUAUGUAAACAUAUGAUAUUAAAUUAUUAAGCUUUAUUCCUUACCAGAGAGAGAGAGUAGCCGACAGACAUCAGUUCCUCUUAAAAAAAUAAGAGAGUAGCUCCUCUUAUUGAAUCUUGACUUCCUCAGUUCCUCAGUUCCUUUCCUCUUCCUCAGACCUCAGUUCCUCUCAGUUCCUCUUCCUCCGACCGAGCAUCAGUUCCGAACUUCGUCAGUUCCUCUUCCUGAGUUCCUCCAAGGCUCCAACCCGAUUAGCUCCAGAUCACCCACAUAAAGAGGCUUCAAUUGAAGUAAUCGAAAGACCGGAACUUCGUAAGAGAUCAUUGAAUGGCAAAAGUCUGAAAUCUUUCCAAAUCGUGUCAUUCCUGUGAGUUCUCUCUUUCUAAUUCUCUGCUUAAUUAAUUGCUUGGAGGCAGUGGAUGUUUGAAAUAUGUGAUAGGGAUGGCGGAUGGGCUAUUGAUAAAUGAUAAUCGGUAUAUUAGUUGCUUUGCGGUGGAUUAAUUGGUUUGCGGAAUUGCGGUGGCUAUUGGAUAAUUGGAAGCUUGCAAUAUUAAAUAUGGAUGUUUGAAAUAUGCAAUAUUAUAUGUGGUUGAUUUCAGUUGCUUA